ACUUUUCUCAAGCAACAACUUGACAAACCAAAAAAAAUACAAAAUAUGUUUCUAAUGAACAGUGGACACCCUUGAAGAAACCAAAUCCACCACAAAAAAAUAAACACUCAACUUACUUUUCAACAGCUUGCCGGUUUUUGUAGUUUGUUUUAUUUCUCUCUUGGGAAACGACAUUUUCCUGAUGUCAGUUUAAGAUGUAGGCAUAAAAUAGGUUUUAUCAUUGAACUAAAAGUAUUCUUUAAAAGUAUUCUAUUCUUAAAAGUAUUCUUAUACUUUGACAUGUUUGACAUUCAGUAAAAUAAACCCCUUGUUAAAAUUAAUUGAUUAUCAAAAUACUUCUAUCCAUUUUCUGUUGUGGCUAAUACCGUGACACCAUUUUGAGGAUGGGUGGCCACCAUUUAAGAUAGGGGUGCCCAAAGGGCUGGUCAUGGUGGGCCACAUUCGGCCCGCUCUGUUCUUUGAACAGAACCGUUAAGCAUUUAUAGCACAUCAGUCCUGGAAUAUUUGUUUAUUUGAUUUACUGUGAACUACUUAACCUAUCCUCUAUUUGCUAUUAAUCUUGGAAUCUUUUAAAAAUGUUUGCUCCUGCAAAACCCAUUAAUUACUUCGGUGCUAUCUGAUGGAAUGUUGGUGUUAUUGUUUGGUUUAAUUCAUUGAUAGUGGGGUUUUUUUCUUCAAGUGUUUGAGCUGUCCUCUUUCAUUGGGGGAAAUUCACUCCCUGCACAGUCAAAAGUAAAAUCCAAAAGACGUAUGUUCUGGUUUCUCUCCUGAUGGAUGUAGUCUCCAUUGCUGUUGCGAUUGCCUAACAGUAUCGUGUAAAAACUUUGGAUUUACCUUUUCACUGUCCAUUUCGGUUACGACAGCUCGCCAUUUGUCAUAGCUUCUUGUUUGUUUCUGUGCCAUCACUUUGGCCAGGCGGGAGAAGCGACGAUAAAGACCCUUGAAGGCAACCAUGCUUUGUCUGAGUCGAAACCAAACAGAAGUGAAAGGUCGUAAGACAGGUUUUGAUUCUCCUGAUUGGCGCCAAUCACACCUGACCUGCACACUAGGGUCGCUGUUGCAGCAGGUGCGCUGGGAAGAUAGUUUGAUUGGCUGGCAAAUAUAACUACAAAAGCUUGGUUAACAAAACUGUUGGUUAAAGUGUUAUUUUUACAUUGUCUGGGUUCCUAAAUGCCUUUUUUGGAAAUCUCAUUUGGGUCAUUCUUCAUUUCUGAAUUGUUUCUCAAUGCAUAUUAAAAGCAACAUACCAUAUGCAGUUUUGAGAUUUAAAGAAGCUUUAGAAUGGGACAAAAUAUUGUGUUCAUGGGCUGUAAUCGGUUUUUAAAAUACAAAAACCAAAAGGCAGAACAUUAACAUCAAGUUAUAUCGUGUGAUUUAAAAAAUGUUUAUAAUUUAAACUUAUUCCAGAUAUCUUGAUUGUCUGAGACAGAACUGUAGCUUGAGGGCUGGUACAUUCAAAAUUAUUGCUUGUGUGCCCUUUUAUAUACUGAAAACACGCAUUUUCCUUGAAAGAUGCAAACAUUGAAGAUACAGUAUAUUAAAUAUAGGCGUCUCCCAAUGGCACCCUGGACAAUUCCUGUGGCAGUUAUGAGUCUUUGUCACUUGGUGUCACUGUUAAGCAGCAAUCUGGGAAAAAAAGGUUUUUGCCACUUGGUGUCACUGUUAAGCAGUAAGAGGAUUGGAUCUAUCUGGGAAAAAAAAGGGAGCAAUAGAGAUUUGAACCACGAACCCGAUAUCUGGACAUGAAGUAAAAGAUCAGAAACUGGCGAGUUAAGUAGUAAUAUUAUCCUGCACAGUCAAAAAAGAAAGACAAAAGCUCUAAUCAGCAAAACUUGUCCAGAAUAGGAUAUAAAGUGAUGAUAAUGUAGUUUCCAUUAUGCACAGGUUGCCAUCUGUCUCUCGUCUUUGUGCAAGACAAAGCUAUCUAGCAUCUGGCUUCUAAUACAUAAUUUAAGCAAUUUAGACACAAAACCACUAUUGAUCUGAGCAUAAUUGAAAGCACAUAUGACAAAUCACGUUAAUUUAAAUAAAUGACACCCGUCCUUUGGCCUUUUUAUGUGCUGAUGCAUUCAAGCAAAGGGAAGGAGGCACGGGGCAAGUCAUGUUGGUCUGAUGCUUGAUUCGGAUCUGACUUUCAGCAGUCAUAUCAAAUCAAUCACUAAAACAAUUACCUGCUCAAAACAAUUCCAGAUUGAAGAGCCACAUUCUCCAAGCAAACCAGAAAAUACUUAUCCUUGCUUUUAUCUUCAGUAGACUUAAAUAUUGUAAUGGUCUUGUGACUGGACUCCCUCCUAAGAGCAUCAAAAAGGCAGGUGCAGCUCAUUCAGAUUGCUGCAAAUCAGGUUCUGACUGAAACAAAGAGAUCAGAACAUAUUACUCCAGUCAUAAAGGCUUAACACUGGCUCUCUGUCAGCUGUGGAAUAGGAUUUAAAGUUGCGCUACUAGUCCAUGAAUCACGGAACGGUUUACAUUCUGCAAUACUAAUGGAAUAUACCCCAUUCAAUUACUGGAGACCAGAGUUCCAGAACAUGGGCCGACUCUCCAGAGUCACCUGAGAUGGUCUAUCUUUCACCUAUGAGCCGAAUGAGGAAAAGUGGAAAACGGAUAGAUGUAUUUUUAUCAGGAUUGAGUCAUUCCUAAACACCAUAUGCAAUUUUAAUCGCACAAGUGCUGAUAUUGCAAAUUAAAGGAAAAAUAUUUGUAAGUACCUAGCUCAGGUAUUGGUAAAUGCUUUCAGGAGCAUUUCCACAACACAGCUAUUGUGUAACACAGCAUUGGCCACACCCACUGAGCAGAACGCUCGUACAGUUGAGCAAAAGAGCCUUGAAAUGUUUUAAUCCAGACACAGAACAGGCAAGCUGGGACUAAUCCCACUGAAUGCUCUGCUCACCAGGACGCUCCCUAACAGACACAGAACAGCUUUAGACAGGCAGCUGUGGAAAAGAUACACCAUAUGAUGGAUGGCACUAUCAGUUCCUCUACCGGAAAGUAUUGGAUGUCGGGAUGGGUUAUGGGUCGAAGCGUCCGCUCAGGAAUAAAUUCAGUGAUAUAAUCCCUUUUGAGGUUUGAAAGUGUUAAACUCCAUGCAUAGUGUCAAUCCUCAUCUUUGCUUUUCUGCAUUAGCAGCAUUUUGCCCUUAGCCAUAUGGCAGACUGUCCCAACUCUAUGAGCAUGUGUGUGCUGGGUUCCUUUUGUAGCAGGUGGCUAAGGAGAUAAUCCAGGUAAAGCCACUGCGAAGUGAGGAAGGGGGUGGGUGGAUGGAUAGAGUGAGUGGCCUUUGUAUGGACUCCGAGGGCUAAUUCUGGCCUCCUAAUUCCGCUCCCGAUCGCCCUCCCCCUCUUCCUGUUUGCCAUCUUCACACUGAUGGUUUGGUGCAGUCCAUGACCAGGUAGACACAAACAUCACACACGCACAGGUUCUUAAAAGCUCUCUGAGCAGGAAGAGGGUGUGAAAAAAAAGAGGCUGCGUGUAUCAUUGUGGCGAGUUAACAUGUCACGCGCAUGAGUGAGCCCAAUUGGAGAAUGUAGCAUCGGCCUUCUAGACAAGCUCAAGGAUACGCGCUACCAUGGGAGAAGCUCAGAAGGAUAGUGGAGUGAUCCAACCACAGGGCUUACUCUCCGUCAUUGAGAAAUUAAAGGGAACCAGCGAGCGGGAAGUGCGAAUAGUUCUUCUGGGCUUGGACAAUGCCGGCAAGACCACGCUGCUCAAGAGCCUUGCCUCUGAGGAUGUCAACACCAUCACACCUACACAGGGCUUCAAUAUUAAGAGCGUUGCCUCUUACGGCAUGAAACUCAACGUGUGGGAUAUUGGAGGGCAAAGGAAAAUCAGACCUUUCUGGAAAAAGUACCUAGAGAACACAGAUCUGUUGAUUUACGUUAUCGACAGUGCGGACAAAAAGCGAUUUGAAGAAACUGGACUGGAGUUAUCUGAGCUGAUAGACGAGGAGAACCUAAAGGGCGUUCCGGUGCUCAUCUUUGCCAAUAAGCAAGAUUUGGCCACAGCAUCGCCGGCCAGCGAGAUCGCCGAGGGACUCAACCUUCAUACGUACAGAGACCGCGAGUGGCAGAUUCAGGCCUGCUCAGCCGUGUCUGGGGAAGGAGUUCAGGAUGGCAUGAACUGGAUUUGCAACAACAUCAUGAAUAAGAAGAAGUGAGCCCUAACAACAUGGAGAAGCCAACUAGCAUCAUGUCCAAACACGCGCAUCCACACAAUACAGAUGUGAAUCAUUUCAUUUUGAAAUCUGUCAUGCUAUUAAUAUUUAGGCAACGAUAAGUUAAUUAGGCUUCCAUUGUGUUCCUGUCCAUCAUCCCUCAGAUCCUUGUCUGGUGAUCUUAUGAAAACUAUGCAAACUUAUCUUAACUGUGUUAGAACUUUUGCCAUCUCUACCUACCAUUCAAGCAGUAGUUUGUUGUGUGUGUAGAGUGUAUUUUGACAUUUUUGACAAUAAAAUGUUCGGUGAUCUUCUUUUA